AAAAACUAGAGGCUUCAAGCCGAUCAUCAGCAGUUGCUCGUCGUCGUCUUCCAAUCGCGGUGCUUAGACCAGACCAGUGAGAAGAAUUCUCCCAAAGGACUCUUUCGAAAAGAAUCUGCAAAAAAAUUGAAAAUAUCUCAAAAAUGAACUCCCUCACCGUACUGGUCAUCCUUGCUGCCACCGUGGCCUUCUGCGCCGGCGAUGUGUCCCACUUGUCCCGCAGCUACCUGCCUCCUCUGGCUGGAGGAUACUCCGGUUACUCCUCCGGCUACUCCUCCUACCCCUCGUACUCCAGCGGCGGAGGCUACUAUUCCACCGGUGGCAGCUACGCCUCGCCGGUGAUCUCCUCCAGCUACAAGAGCUACGCAGUGCCCCAGUACACCUCGUAUGUGACGCCAUCCCGCUCCUACCUUCCAGCAGAUGCCGGCUAUGGCGGCUACAACGGCCUGGACACCCAAUACGGCAGCAACGGCGGAUACGUAUACUAGGAUCUAUGUCCUCUUUCCAGAAGCAACAAUGGACACGUCCUCCAACCACUUAACUUUUUUUUUUGCCCACUAGGCAGUAAGCUUUUUUUUUACUAAAAAAUAAUUUGAGUGCUUUUUAAUAAAUAAACAAACUCGAAAUCCAUGGAACCUAA